GAGAUUUUGCGGACUCCUGUUCAGCUAUUCUCUUCUUCCACACGCACGAACUCGUUUCAUGACUUUCAUCUUCUCCAUCUUCAUCACCUUCAAUCCAUCUUCAAGGUUUCACCGCGAUGAACAGUGCUGCGCAGGGAGUUUUCUGGCCGUUCCUCCAUCAAAUUGAUUGCUUUAUGGCAUCUCACGCAAAAUUGAAGGACUUCCUUCUCAGAUUAUGAGCGUAAUGGUCUUUUAAUCUAAGGUAUGAACAUGGAUUCCAAUCUGAUUCUAAUAAUCAACUGAUUUGUGCAAAUAUUUGGAUCCGUGUUACUGUACACUACUCGGACUUUUGAAUGUGCUUUGCACCAGUCUUGGACCACGAUUUUGUGUACUGUUUGUUGAGGGUGGAGCUGAGAAUUUUGAGUUGUAGCACUGGUUUGGGGAAUUGGGAAUGGUGUUGGCAUGGUUUGGGGCUGUUUUGCUGGAUUUCUCUGCCAUGCACUUCCUCGCUGCUGGCCAGGCUUUUACGGCUGGUUUGUGGCAACCAGAGUUUGGAAGUUACCUGGUUGGAGGUUCUCCACAAAUCUCCUACUUGGUUUCUCCUUACUAGGGGAGGUCUUUGUGCAGAUUUUCCAAUAAAAUCAGCUGGUUGCCACUGGUGUUACUGCCUGGUUCAUUGCUUGCAGCUGUGCACCUAGGUAUGACUGUUUUGUGGCGUUCCAUAUUGAUGAUUGGGUUUGAGGAACUAUUAUUGGUGAUGAUGUUUGGACCUUUUCUAUGGCACAUUACCUUGCUCGUGGGUUUUUGAGCUGGAAUGUGGUUGGUUGCUGCUGGUUUUUGAGGAUGGCAGACCUGCGCAAGGAGCUGCUCAUUUGUGGUGUUCGUGUUGGAGUUUGGACUUGAGGAACUACUGGAACCAACAAACUGAAUGAUGAAGCUUGAAGGAUUUGUGCACUGCAAAUACCAGCCCAUCUCACUUGGUUCUAGUUGUUUGUCUUCGCUGGAAAACUACUGGGCGCUGAUAAGAUGAAUGAAAGAGUUAUGUACUUUAUUUUGAAUGUUUUAUGUAGUGACUUUAUUUUGGUUGCGAGUUUAGAGUACUAUUGGUUUAUUAAGUUAUUUUAAAAUAUGUUUGGCUUACAUUGUUAUUAU